GAGGGGGCAACGGCCACACGCCAGGACCGCAGGACGAGGGAGGCUGAGCCAUGGCAGGGCCCCGGCGCCCGGAGUCCGUGAGCGCCCUGGCCCUGGUGCAGAGCGAGCGGCUUCAGACCUUCGCCUUCUCCGUGCGCUGGUCCGACGGCAGCGACACCGUGGUGCGCAGGAGCUGGGAGGAGUUCCGGCGGCUCCAGAAAGACCUGGAGGAAGCCUUCCCGAUCGAGGCGGGGCUGCUGCGGAGAUCCGACCGCGUUCUCCCCAAGCUCUCGGAUGCCCCGCUGCUGGCGCGCGCGGGCCGCACGGGCCGCGGCCUGGCGCGGCUGCGGCUGCUGGGCGCCUACGCGCGGGCGCUGCUGGCGUCGGCCGACCGCGUGUCCCGCAGCCCCGCGCUCGCCGGCUUCUUCGCACCGCAACCCCUGGACCUGGAGCCUGUGCUGCCCCCCGGCAGCCUGGUGAUCCUGCCGGCCCCGGAGGCAGCCCCGCGCCCCCAGGACCCCAGCGGCGCCGCCCACAGCCUGGAGGCCCCGCGCCUGCGCUGCCUGCAGCCCUUCGGCGCCCAGGACACGCGGGGCAGGCCCUUCCAGGCGCGGGCCGGCGAGAGCCUGGCCGUGCUGCUGCGGCACCCCUCGGGUUGGUGGCUGGUGGAGAACGAGGACCAGCAGACGGCCUGGUUCCCAGCUCCCUACCUGGAGGAGGAGGCGGCCGGUGGGGGCCAGGCGGGCGUGGCGCCGGCAGGCAGCGGGAUGCAGUUCUGUGCCUCCCGGGCCUACGAGGGCAGCCGUGUGGACGAGCUGUCGGUGCCCGCAGGUGCGCGCGUGCGUGUGCUGGAGACCUCAGACCGCGGCUGGUGGCUGUGCAGGCACGGCCCCCGGACGGGUCUGCUGCCUGCAGUGCUGCUGCGUCCCGAGGGACUGGGGGCGCUCCUGAGCGGGCCUGCGGUCCUCAGGAAUGCCGGGGUGGAUGAGGCUCGACCAGCUCCCCCUGCAGUGCCGGCCCGGCCCCUGCCGGGCACCAUUCAGAGCCGCUGCUGCACCCUCACCCGCAGGGCACUCUGGCAGGACCGCCCUUUGAGGGGGUCUGCAAGCCUGCCAGGAGCCUGCAGUGCACCCCAGCCUCAGGUGGAGGACCCGGUCCUGGGCUCCAGGCUCUAAGGAUGGACGCACCAUCCUCAGGGGCGGAGGAGCUGGAUGAGGGUGGGACUCAACCUGCAGGGGCCAGGAGGUGGUAACCCCCAUUUCCUGAACUGAAUAAAA